AAUACACGAAAAAAUGGUUAAAUUAAGCUCUGUGUAUAAAUAAACACACCGCUUUGCAAUGAGUGAGUGAGUCCCAAGUAACAGCAACAACAAACAACAUCGUAAUGUCGUUAAAAAGAGCACCGAAGAGAGGCACUGUGCAUGUUGAAAAGGAACAUGUUAAUCGCAAUUCAAGGGAGAAACAGUUGCAGAUUGUGAGCUUGUCAUCGUCACCGUUCAAACUUCCCGAUGAUUGGUUGGUUGAUGAACGCCGCCGUAUAUCUGACCCCACCCACAUUGACAGGUAUUACAUAGAGCCACACACUGGAAUGAAGUUUCGUUCUUUGGUAUCGGUUCAGAGAUAUCUAUCAGAAGAAACAAGAGACUAUCUUCCUACUAAGAGAAUGAUAUCAGAAAACAAAGUCACUACUUACACCAAGUCUAGGACUGCAAAAAAGUCUCUUUCUACGAGAGAUUUUGAGGGAGGUAUAAAUAGAGAAGCAAAUGCAUGUAGAGCUACACCGAAGUUAGUGUUCAAAUGUGGCUCUGGAAAGCGAAUUGCUCAAUCUACGCAUUCUGAAAAAACUGAUUCUCAGAAGAAAAACAAUACGGGGGAAGACGAUAGGGGUUCGGUCCAUAACUUAACUAGACCACCGACAAAAGUAAGCUGGGUUUUGGCUGGUCCUGGGGGAUUAUGGAACCCUUUCCUAGAUGAUUCUCUUGUACCAGAAUCCGAAAAGCUAAAAUGGUCCAAAGCAUUUAUAACAUCCAUCAAUGAAGGAGUUACUAGCUGAGGAUUCACAAUGGAGAUGACUACGCGCCGUUACCACGUAGCUCAGAUUGUAGCUGUGACUAUCUACGUUACUAAUCUUUAAUUGAUACAUAUAUGUAGCGAUGGUUCUAAUUUCACAGGUUACAAUAAUGUAUUUUGUGUCACAAUGCUUCUAGGAAUAAUAUUUUGUUUUUGGGCUGCAACUUCAAGAACCUUGUAAGGUAAUGGGAAAUAUGCAAACUGGUGAAGGAAUGAAGUUUCAACAUCAUUGUUAAACUUCAGUCUUAAGAUUGGACCAGUGCUCAUUUAGCUUUGUUGAAAAACUUUUGUACAGAGAUAUAAAUAACUAUCCAGUGUCAUUUAUUGUGGUUUUGGUGUCAAGAUGACUA